CGUCUGUCCGAGAGGGACCACGGUGAGGCUCUCGGGGCCACCGGGGCGCGCUCCCUCGGGCCCCCCGUGCCGCUCUCUCCGGAGCCGGGGGAAGCCUCGGAGCACGGGGACCGGAGCGCUUCCGGUUGCGCGUGCGCCGCUGGGCCAUGGCCGUGCACUACUGCUCGCUGUGCCGCCGCUCGUCGUUCGAGGGCCGGAGGCACCGGUACGGCGCGGGGCACCGGCGGCGGCUGCGGGAGGCGCUGCGGAGGCUGCGGGAGGAGGUGGAGGCGGCGGCGAGCGGAGCGGUGCGGCCCUUGGACCCCGCCGAGAGCGAGAGGCGCGUCUGGUGCCCCUGCUGCGAGCGGGGCGUGCGGAGAGACGGGCGCUGCGGGGACCUCGCCCUGCCCCGAGCCGCGCUGCUGCGGCACCUGGCGGGGCCCGAGCACCGGCGGGAGGCAGUGCGGUUCUGGAGGGAAAACCGUGUAGAGGCAGCAGAGCGGGAGCUGUGCCUGGUGUCGGCCGAGGAGUAUGAGCGCUUUGCCCAGGCCCUGGAGCAGGCGGUGACCACGCACCGGCAGCAGGAGGAGGAGCGCAUCCGCCAGAUGGCGGCUGAGAUCCGGGAAGCUGAGCGCCGGCAGCGGGAGACGGUGCGGGAUGCGCUCCAGCUGCCAGCAGAGCCAGAGCUUUGCGAAGGACCUUCCGCUUGCAGACCCCCGGCAGGACCCCACAGCAACUCCUCUCUGGAUGUGGAGCAGCCUGGCCCAAGUGGGAUGCAGGCAGGACCUGACCUAAACUGGAUGGAGCCCGGACAGCCACUGACCUUCAUUGGGCACCAGGAAGCAGAGGGGCAAGGAAAUGUUCACACAGGAGCAAAACCUCCAUGGCUAACAGAGGAAGAGGAUGGGAGUAAACAAGAAAUCGGACCUUCCUACGAGGAGUUUCUCAGGCAAAAGGAGAAGCAGAAGUUGAGAAAGCUUCCACCAGAGCGCGUUGGGGCCAACUUUGACCACACUUCUCAGACUGGCGAGAACUGGCUCCCCUCCUUCGGGCGGGUCUGGAAUCACGGCAGGAGAUGGCAGUCCAGGCACCAGUUUAGAACAGAGUCGGGGGAAAAGAAGAAAAAACAGUGAUCAGAGGCACACGAAGCUCCGACCACUGUGGACAGGUGACUCUGCCAAGGCCACUGCUCUUAUUUAACACGUCCAUGCUGGUGUUACAUCCCCCGAGAGGCAGGGCAAGCGCAGCGUGAUGUGAGCUGGGCCCCAGCACUGACUGCAAUUCUGCAGGGA